AUGAGGCUGCAUCCCCCAUGGUUAAGACUUGCAUCUCGUCUCCCUGCCCUGCCCUGCCUGCCGGAGGCGCGUUGGUUUCCUGCUUACACUUCUCGAUUGGGUAUGACCGUUGCUUCUCAGGUCCCCAACUUUAGAAUACCCUCGUCAACUCAUCUCAAUCCUAGUUCCCUAGUCUAUCCACUCACUCAUAGCACAGGACGCCUGCCUACAAAUGCGAUUACAGAUGCAGAUAUGCACAUUCGAGGUAUAUUUACAUCCUUUUUACCUGCUCCAGCGAGCGAUGCUACCGCAGUGCUGCAUACAGCUUCCGAAACCAGAGAUUAUUGCAUCUUGUUCAUAGACGUGGUGGCUCUUGUUUUGCUCAUGAGACUCAUCAGGAUCUUCACCGCUCAUAAAUGA